AUGGCUUUCAGAGAACAAAGGAAACCUCAUGUGUUGCAACUUCUGACCUGCUUCUUGUUCUGGUGGUGGAAUACCUGUGUACAUGUUGAAGCCACCAGCAGUAAUAUUUUGAAGCCAGGUGAUACCUUGAAUGCCACAGAAGGGGCCAAACUAUGUUCAGAAAAGGGUACAUAUUGCAUGUACUUUGGCACAACAUAUGAUGAUGAGAAUCUUGCAAACUUAUACAUAUAUGCUCAAAAGGAUGAUUGGGCUGUGUGGACUGCUAACAGAGAACAAUCUGUUGACACAAAUUCUGCAGUUUUAGCAUUGAAUCAUUCUGGAGUACUCAAAAUAGAAUCUCAACAUGGAGAAAUCAUCCUUCAUUCACCACCUCAACCUGUCAACAACAGUGUGGCCAUGUUGUUGGACACGGGCAACUUUGUGCUUCAGCAACUUCACCCCAAUGGGUCUGGAAUUGCUGUGUUGUGGGAAAGUUUUGAUUUUCCCACCGACACUUUGCUUCCAGGGAUGAAGUUAGGUGUGAAUCACAAAACCGGUCGUAAAUGGUCACUGGUUUCAUGGUUGAGUAAGCAUCUUCCCACUCCUGGUCCAUUCAGCCUUGAAUGGGAGCACAAAACAAUCUCAAAUGAAAAUGAAGCCUACAUCACAUUGAGGAGUUCUGAUGAAGACCUUACAAAAUGGACACUGUUGUCCACUGGACAGUUGAUAAACAGGAAUGGAGGUGAUGUUGCAAGGGCUGAUCUGUGUUAUGGAUACAACACAGGUGGAGGGUGCCAAACAUGGGAGGAUCUACCCUAUUGCAGAAGUUCUGGUGAUGCAUUUGAACUGAAGCAAGGUUAUGCCAAUCUUGACUUGGACUUGAAAAGACAUGAAGAAAAUUCAAGUUAUGGCAUAAAUGAUUGCCAAGCUAUUUGCUGGAGCACCUGCAGCUGUGUUGCAUUCACUCAUCUUUAUGAUAAUGAAACUGGUUGUACCUUCUUUCUGUGGAAUUCAACCAAGGGUACCAAUAUUGCAAGCGAGGGUGACAAGUUUUACAUGCUAGUAAAGAGAAACCAUCAUAAAAAACAAAACAAAUGGAUAUGGCCAAUUGUUGCAAUAGGAGUUACUAUACUCGUAAUCUGCAUUUUCCUUCUGUGUUGUAGAGUGUCAAGGAAAAGAAAACAUGCCCUUGAAGAGCUGAAAACCAAAAGAAUGGGGAUUGAAAACGAGGAUCUUGAAGCUUCCAGCACCUCUUCUUGUGCAGAAAAACUAGAAGUUGUUUUAAAGGAGGAACAUGACUUGAAAGUUUUUAAGUAUGCAUCAAUAAUGGAGGCAACAAAUGACUUUUCAUCUGAAAACAAGUUAGGACAAGGUGGUUUUGGACCUGUUUAUAAGGGAAUUCUACCUACAAUGCAAGAAGUUGCUGUCAAAAAACUUUCAAAAUCUUCUAGACAAGGUCUAGUUGAAUUUAAAAAUGAAUUAACAGUCAUAUCUAAACUCCAGCACACAAAUUUGGUUCAGCUACUCGGUUACUGCAUUCACGAAGAAGAGAGGAUUUUGAUUUAUGAAUACAUGCCUAACAAAAGCUUGGAUUGCAUUUUAUUUGAUUGUACACAAAAUCACUUGCUAGAUUGGAAUAAGCGUUUCAGUAUAAUAGAAGGAAUUGCUCAAGGAUUACUAUACCUUCACAAAUACUCAAGACAUAGAAUCAUUCACAGAGACUUGAAGGCUAGCAACAUACUCCUUGAUGAGAAUAUGAACCCCAAAAUUUCUGAUUUUGGUAUAGCAAAAAUGUUCACACAGCAGGAUUCUGAAUCAAACACCACCAGGAUUGUUGGCACUUAUGGCUACAUGUCUCCUGAAUAUGCUAUGGAAGGGGUUUUCUCAACAAAAUCUGAUGUGUAUAGCUUUGGAGUGUUACUCUUUGAAAUUGUUAGUGGCAAAAGAAACAAUAGCUUCUACACUGAAGAAAGACAACUCAAUCUAGUAGGACAUACAUGGGAGCUAUGGAAAGAAGGUGAGGUUCUUAAGUUGGUGGAUUCAUCACUGAAUGAUUCAUUUUCAGAAGAUGAAGUGCUAAGAUGUGUGCAUGCUGGUCUGUUGUGUGUGGAAGAAAAGGCAGAUGAUCGUCCUUCUAUCUCCAACAUUGUAUCUAUGUUAACCAACAAAAGUAAACUGACUACUGUGCCUAAAAAACCAGCUUAUUAUGUUAGAACAAAAGUCCUUGGUGAAGAAACAUCCACCAAAGAAUUUGGUUUAGAUUCUUCACACGAGAAUUCUCUUAAUGUUUGUUCAAUUUGA